UGACCUCGACAACGCAACUGACCUUCCCCCCCAAUCUCCAGUCACAACAGCCGCCCGCCCGUAUCCACGACAAGUAGCCCGGCAUUGCCCGCCCCAAACUUCACACGUAGCUCAUUUCGUCUUGACUCACCAGUUGAGCGAGGGAAUUGGUAGUCAAUGCGCAGAUGUGAUCCGAGGGAGCAUGAAAGAAGGACAAGCAUGUGAUUGAUAACACAAAAGUUUGGUUUCUGAAAAGUUUAAUCGUCAGACUUCCAAUGAAAAACAUUUGUAAUUUUAGCUUAUUCAUAUUGCAUGAAUUAUAGAUAUUUUUGGGGGCAAUAAAAGACGCCUUUCGAUACUGGAACUAAAGUGGCAAAUAAUCGUGAAAAAAUGAUAGGACGUGAACGCUAAUCAGUGUUUGAAGUAUUUGACAUUUCAAGAAAGUGGAUUGUGAUAAAUAAAUAUAUACAAAGCGAAUGGAAUGUGAUUUAGACGGCCGAGAGAUGGGAGAUUCAUCCUACGAGGAUGCAACGCAGUUGCUGGUGGAGGGUGUCCUUCAGGGCGACCUUGAGAAGGUGACGGAGGCUCUGAAGGGAGAUGUGGAUGUUGAUCGACUCACGCCUGGAGAGGAUGGGGUCAGCCGAACAUUGCUUGGAUUGGCUGGCUACCUGGGACAUGCCCACUUAGUGGCCCCGUUGGUAUCGGCUGGGGUGGAUGUCGAGGGCAGAUGUAGCAGAGGCUUUACGCCUCUCAUCCACGCUGCUGGGGAGAAGCGUGCCAACGCCAUCAGAGAGCUGGUUAAGGCUGGGGCCGACGUCAACGCCACGACGUCAGCCAGAGAAGUCCGGAAUUCUGUCCUGCACACCUGUGUCAUGAAGGAGGACGAGGAAUCGGUGGCUUUCUUGUUAUCUCGGGAGGACCUGAAUGUAAGCCCCCAGGACGACUUGGGCUACACCCCAUUACAUGUUGCUUCUAGAAUUAAUCACAUCUCAAUCAUUAACCGUCUGGUAGAAGCUGGCGCUGACCUCAACUUGCGCACCAUUCAUGGCUGGACUCCCCUGCACAUUGCAAGUAUGAGUGGGAGGUUGGAGGCUGUGAAGAGGCUCCUCGAACUGAAGUUUGAUAUCUAUGCAGAAGACAACGAUGGCCGCACACCUAGCCAUCUUGCCGAUGAACUAGGAAUGAUCGACGUGUACUGGUAUUUCAUCAAAAAGGCUGGACAAACUGAAGACACUACUUUGACUCCUCCUCAGAAGUGCGAGAAGAGGUACGACAUAGAGAAGUGGCUUCUGGAAUGGGCUGCUGAUGGCAGUGACUAUGUAUUCCCCAUGUUGAAGCGUAACCAACCUGAUCCCUUCGACGGAUAUUAUCAAGAUGAAAACGGGAACACCACUCUUCACAUUACAGCUGAAAAGGGUAAUCUUAAGAUGGUCAAAAUGCUCCUAGAUGACUGUCUUAUUUACCCAGGAGUUCGAGAUAGGAAGAAUCGAACUCCGGCCGAAUUAGCAAGAGCCAACGGUCAUUUUGAUGUGGCCGAAUUAAUUGAAAGUUACUUUCCUCCUCCAAAGAGCCACGAAGAAAGAGAAGCACUUUACCUGGAGUUGUUGGAGUUGAUUGGUCAGGGAGAUGAUGUGCUUAAAGCAUCAACUUUGAUUCGUAAUGGGGCCCCAAUGGAGCCUUUUGGGCAGCAUUCGAAUCACGCCCUUUUCGUAGCAAUCACGGCCAAUCGGAGGAGGAUCCUGACGCUUCUGCUGGCGUGUGGGGUGCCAGUAACGACAACUUUCCAGGGCCUCAGUAUUUUGCAGAUUGCCUGGAUUUCUCCCCAUGUCUCGACAUACGUGAGGAUGAUCAUUACUCGGAUGACAGCAUAUGUGUUAGCAGAAGAACUCCGUAGAGUCAGUCCUGAAAUGGAGGAACUGCGGGAUGGAAUCAGAUAUUUAAUGGAAAAAGUGAGAAGCGACACGCCAUGGGUUGCGCGCUGGCCCGAAAGUAAUACUGUCAGUACCUUUGACCUGUUGCAGAGCUCUGAUCCUUAUUGUAUGGUAUGGGAAGAGCCUUCGUCAGACCAUCUUACUCAUCUUAUGGUUCAGGCUGUGCAGUCUAAUUGUAGCCUGACAACGGCUUUUCUGCUACAGGCUGGAGGAGUACCCUUUGCUUUAGAUACUGAGAGUGGAGAAUCUCCGUUUACAAUGGCAUUGAAGUGCCGUCUCUGGGACAUAGCUCAUCAGAUUGCUAAAGGCAGCGCCUGUCUCUACAUUGCAGAUGGUUCUGGUGUGCUGCCAAGGGAUCUACUGCCAGAGAAUCAUUUGCAGGAGCUUGAAAAGAGCAUCUUUGACAAAGAGUGCAGGAAAAUUGAUGAUGAAAUAGAGAAGGCUAAAGACAGUGAAACCAAGGUUGAACUGAUGAAAAUCCAAAAACUGCAGAUGAAUCUUUUUGAAAUUGCCAUCGGCGUCCAAAAUGAUGAGAUUUCUGUUAGUUCCGAUCUGGGAGCAGAAACCCUUCUUCUAGCAACGCAGUUGGGGCUUUCACAGUUGGUACAUCUGUUAUUAAGUGUGGCUCAUCUUGAUACCAAUAUGAUAUUGGAGGAUCAUAUGGGCACCACAGCACUUCAUCAGGCGGCAGCGUUUGGACAUUCAGACUUGUGCACCUUACUUGUAAGAAGAGGAUCCAAGAUAGACGCCAAAGAUCGCUUCCAUCACACUCCUCCCCAUUUUGCUGCAAUGUUUGGUCACGAACCUGCUUAUAAACAGUUAACUACAUUUAUGCAGGAACAUAAUAUUACAAAUUUGUCAAAUUAUAAUCCUAGUUCAGUUAGGACGAAUUUUUAUACUCUACUAGAUCAGUAUCACGUUCUAAAAGACUUUAUGGAGAGAGGUGAAGAUGUAUAUGCGUGCAAUGAUCCAGCUGAAGCGGAGAAAAAGAAAUUGAAUGAAAUGACUCUUUCGUAUCUUGUUCAGCAGAGUCAUUCUCUCUGUGUAAACUUUGAUGAGGAUGAGGCAGGUCAAGUAAAGCAGGUAGUCAUUAAAGAACUUGAGAAAAUAAGGGACGAGAUAGCUCUCUUGAAUCCCAUUUUUACUGGAAAUCUGGAAUUGCUGGGAAGUGCUGCUGAUAACACACGCCUUCAUGCACCAGAUGAGUUUGAUUUUAAUUUCUGUGUUGAUAAGUCUCAGAUCUUAAAUCUUUCAGUGGUUCAGAUAAAGGAUAAAAAGAAAGCUCUCUCGAAGGGUCAUCCAAAUGAUCUGUCAGUUUCUUCAGAUGAUAAGGAAAUGCAAACAUUAUUACAAAAAUCAAACUGGAAGGAUGAGUUUUACAAAGUUGUUGUUAAGUGCAUGAAGACUCAUGUCUUUUCAGAUUGUCGCUUGAGCUUAGUGCCGCCUGGUAUAACUAGAACUCAGGUAGGAGUCGGCCUUGCGUUUGCGUGGCAGGGAAGCAAAUAUCCUCUUCUUUUAAUUGGAAUUGACUUAGUUCCAGUGUUGAGAGCUGUCUGGCCAAAGAAUUUAGAAAGGCCUUACCUUACUCCAAAGUCCGAGACUCAUGUUUACAUUUCGAGUAUUGGUGAUGGUGAAUGGAGACUGUCAUUCGCAAAUUUAGAAGCUGAUAUACUGAAAUCCCUACAGCGAGACGAACUCGAAGUUUAUCUUACUUGCAAAACUCUCUUGUCCUGCAUGAAAGCUGAGCCAUGGAUGCCGAAAUCUAUUAAGAAUAAAUUUACUUGGUGGAACUCUAGACGAUGGAAAAUACCAAUACCUUCAGGGUUUGCUCUGAAGAAUUGUUUCCUCAGAGAACUGGAAGAGAAAAGAAAAAAUGGAAGUGCAUGGACAAGCGAAACAUUGGCAUGCAACAUGGUAAGUGUCUUCAAGAGAAUGGUAGAGAAAGAGUUCUAUGAAGUAACCGGCAUAACUGGGUUAGUGUCAAAGAAGAUUUAUGCUUAUUUUGGUGGUGAAUUUGAGAAACCAAAGCUCGGUGAGGGUUCCUUAGAAAUCAUUAGAUAUUUAGAACAAUAUUGCCCUCAGUAGUGUAGCACAGUUUUCUUCUUACAGGUAGUAGUGUAGCACAGUUGCCUUCUCACUGGUAGUAGUGUAGCACAGUUGCCUUCUCACUGGCAGUAGUGUAGCGCAAUUUCCUUCUCAUGGUAGCAGUGUAGCACAGUUUUCUUCUUACUGGUAGUAGUGUAGCACAGUUGCCUUCUCACUGGUAGCAGUGUAGCACAGUUUUCUUCUUACUGGUAGUAGUGUAGCACAGUUGCCUUCUCACUGGUAGUAGUGUAGCACAGUUGUCUUCUUACUGGUAGUAGUGUAGCACAGUUUCCUUUUUAUUGGUACGUAUAAUUAUUUCUGAGGAUCACAGGAAAAUUUCACUUGGAGGUUGAAGUAAGAAAUUGUAUUGUAGUAUUUGUAGUUUAAUGAGAAUUGUACGUAUGUGCUGCGUAAUUCUUAACUAAGAUAUUAAAUACAAAAAUGAUGAUUUGGUACCAACCUUCCUAAGUAAGAGAUAUGGUAGAUCGCAGAAGGGUGAAUUUUUAUCGAGCAGCAAAUGUUAAACGAAACGGUGCUUGUUAUAAACUUACCGUCCACACUGCAUAAAACUGUUAAAAAUGAACGUGUAGUGUAUAUGUAAGAUUUUGGAGUAAAUGUAGGCUGAGCUAUUUUUUGGGGGGUUUUAUCUGUAUAUUUUUAAAUACGACUUUUUAUAUGUAUGUUGAAGUAUUACGACUUUUCCAUUUAUACCUGUUGUUAAAGUUCAUACUCAUGAGUCGAUUUUGCACAAUAUAAGGCUGCAUUUUGUUCAACUUUUUGCAAAAGAAAUUUGCAGUAGCUUGUGGCCUGUUUUGGCAAUGUAGCUGCUAAUAAUGGUACUGCAACCCCUUUGCAGGGAAGGUAUGAAGAAACAUGACGUGACCGUUCUGUAGAAUGGGUACAAGGGCAUGUUUUGGGGAUGGUAUUUUGAUUUCUUAUCAGUUGAUUGUCUCAGUGCAUAGCGUUCUGAAGAAAAUGUUGUCAUCUUUCAUCUUUCCAUUAUCUGGUAAUUCAUAAUGUUAUAGUCUUUCUGAGCCAAGCCGUGGUAUUUUCGCUCUGAAGUUGGUUGAUCAUUUUCCUUGGAUUAGAAACUGUGAAUUGCCUAAGUAAUGUGUGUUUUUUCAUCCGUUCCCAGUUGUUAUCUUCCCACUUAUCCACGCUCCUAUUGUCAACUUUUAUUUCUGAACAAAUCCUUCGAGCAAAACCUAUGAAUGAUAAUAUAAUAACAAUGAUAAUAUAAUAUAAUAUAAUAAUAGUAAUAAUGUGCCUUCCCUGAUAAAAUUUUAAUGGACAUGGGAAGUACCAUAGCUAAGAGUGACAAAAAAAAAAAAAAAACCGUUAACAUAACUUGAAUGGGAGCGACGAGCUGUGACAUAAUUUUAGGUUAAGAUUGCCGCUUGUAUUGAUAUCUUAAGUUUUCUUCUUCUUUUUGUGAUUGAAAGAUUCUACUACUAGAAUACUAGAAUAUUAUCUGUGAUAUAUGCUCUCACAUUGUUCAAGCUGUUUCUUGCUGUUCUUGUGUUUUAUGAAUGAAGAUUACCCCUCGCUUACCA